AUGGUUAUUCCUAGUAUCAAGCAUAUGCCUUCCGGACAGAGAAGGGUAUUGAAGAAUGGCCAACCCUUCUUAAUUUAUAUCGAAAGGGCUAGUGAUAACAGAAAGUACCACUUGGUUGAUUGGGAAGGCAACGACUAUGGUUAUUUCAAGCCUGAGAAGUCACGACAUCCUGCCGUGUUUGCUUUCUAUAACCCUAACUAUAAACAAGGGGAGACAUUCACAUCUACAACCUGGGGUGAUGCAAACAUACGCGAAAUUCAUAAUAGUCAAUUCCUCAAUACUUAUCAAAGAAAAGGGCAAAAGUACUACUGGGCAAGAAGUGGCGAUAAUAACGUUCAAGGUGUAAAAACUUUGGCGUAUAGUGAAGCAGAUAAAGGUUACAGAUUGAGGGCAGAUAUAUCUGGCAAAGGUGACGCUUGGAUAUCGGAAGAAGAAGUGACCGGAAGCAUUAGGUUUAUGGAUAGCGAAAAUGACAGAGCAAUAAUGUAUUUUGUUACAUUCUCUGACAAUGAAAAUGAUCCUAGGGAGCCAAACGGAAAUUACAGAGUUAUGACAAAGGCUGAAUUAAGCAGAUAA